UCUUUCUGCUGGGCCCCAAAGGCAGGCAUUUCGGAUCAGACUCCAGAGCUUGUGGCUUUCAGCCAAUGGCGGGAUCCGAGUGGCAGUCGCUGGAACAGUGCUUGGAGGCUCACGUGCCGUCGGCAGACUUACGGGAAGUGAAGCGCAUUCUGUAUGGCAAGGAGACCAGGAAGCUGAACCUGCCCAGAAGAGCUUUUGAAGCUGCUUCAGAAAGAGGCUUUGAACUGCAGGGAUAUGCCUUUGAGGCUGCUGAGGAGCAGCUGAGAUGCCCCAGAAUUGUGCGUGUGGGACUAGUUCAAAACAGAACUCCCCUCCCUGCAUCCACCCCUGUGACAGAACAGGUCUCUGCCCUCCACAGACGAAUUGAGGCCAUUGUGGAGGUUGCUGCAAUGUGCGGAGUCAACAUCAUUUGUUUCCAAGAAGCAUGGACUAUGCCCUUUGCCUUCUGUACAAGAGAGAAACUCCCAUGGACAGAAUUUGCUGAGUCGGCAGAGGAUGGGCUCACCACUAGGUUCUGUCAGAUGUUGGCAAAGAAGAAUGAAAUGGUGGUAGUAUCUCCCAUCCUGGAACGAGACAGAGGGGGCGUUCUAUGGAACACAGCUGUGGUAAUCUCCAAUUCUGGAGCAAUCUUGGGAAAGACCAGGAAGAACCAUAUCCCCAGAGUGGGUGAUUUCAAUGAGUCAACAUACUACAUGGAGGGAAACCUAGGUCACCCUGUGUUCCAGACCCAAUAUGGGAGGAUUGCGGUAAAUAUUUGCUAUGGGCGGCACCACCCCCUCAACUGGCUCAUGUACAGCAUCAAUGGAGCAGAGAUCAUCUUCAACCCUUCAGCAACCAUCGGAGAGCUCAGUGAAUCGCUGUGGCCAAUUGAAGCCAGAAAUGCAGCCAUUGCCAACCACUGUUUCACUUGUGCCAUUAACCGUGUGGGUGAGGAGCACUUCCCCAAUGAGUUUACUUCUGGAGAUGGAAAGAAAGCUCACCAUGACUUCGGCUACUUUUAUGGCUCGAGCUAUGUGGCAGCCCCUGAUGGCAGCCGGACUCCUGGGUUGUCACGUAACCAGGAUGGGCUACUAGUUGCUGAGCUCAACCUCAACCUCUGCCAGCAGAUGAAUGACAUGUGGAACUUUAAGAUGACUGGCAGAUAUGAAAUGUAUGCUCGGGAGCUUGCAGAAGCUGUCAAACCCAACUACCAUCCCACCAUCAUGAUGGAGUCCUUGACUUCAGCCUCUGCCUACCAACAUGGGGAAGAACAGGGAUCUCUGUCCCUAGUGGAUUCAUAUCAUAGUACCUAGAGGAGUUUUUAAAUGUACCUGCAGGGGGAAGGUGCAAUGGAGAGUGUCUGCUAAUAAUGGAUGCAGAGUUACCUUCUGGGACGAUUGAACAGUUUUGGUGUUAGAUUCAGGUGAUGAUUACACUAGAUCGAACGAAAUUAAAUACCA